AUGGCCGACCUCGUGCGCUCGGUGCAGUCAGUUGGCUUCGGCGCCGUCUACUACGGCGGCGGGGAGGCCAAGCCGGGCGCCAUGGCUCCGGACGGCGGCGCGCGCUCGUACACGCUCGGCGCCUACACGGAGAUGGCGGCGCGCCUGUACCUGGGCGCGCCCGUCUCAGUGCGCCGGCUGCUGGAGCGGCCGCCGGCCGGCGCGCACCGCGACCUGCUGAUCGCCGAGCUGGAGGCGGCGCGCCGGCUCCACCACCCGGCGCUGCUGCUGCUCAUGGCCGUCUGCCCGUCCGACAACCUGGACGGCGUGGCGCUGGUGUUCGAGCGCGUGCCGCUCGGCUCGCUGCACCACUGCCGCUACCGGCGCGGCCUACGGCUGGGCGCGCGCGCCGCCGCUGAGCUGCUGCUGCAGGUGUGUGAUGCGCUCCAGUUCCUGCACGCGGCGCGCUGGCUGCACUGCGCCGUUACCUCGCACGCCGUGCAGCUGCUGUCGCCGACGCGCGCCAAGCUCGCCUGCCUGGAGCACCGCCGCCUGCUGGCCUGCCGCGCGGAGGGCGCCCUCUACAACUGGCUGGCGCCCGAGGUGUUGCGUGACGGCGUGCCCGGUGAGCCAGCCGACGUCUACUCGUUCUGCGCGCUCACCUGGGAGCUGAUGCACGGCGAGCCGCCGUGGGCCGAGCUCACCUCUGACGAGAUCAGCGCGCAGGCGGCCAGCCCGCCCGGCGGCUGGCGUGAGGAGACGGCCAUCAAGCCGGCCAGCCACCGGCUGACGCGGCACGGCUCAUCGUGCUCGCUGAACCGGCGGCCAGCGGCCGGCGCCUCACCCUGGCCGCCGGCGGAGCGCGACGGCGAGCCGUCGCUCGCCGGCUCGCCCGCCUCCAGCCGCCAGCACAGCCUCCGUCUGGACGGACAGGAUAACCCGCUCAGUGCUGCGCAGAAGUAUGGCAAAGCGCGCUUCAACCCACCAACCUCCACCACGCAUUCCUUGACGCCGCUGCGAGUCGAUCAGGCGGUGCGGUCGCUGCCGAGGCUGGGGCCGCUCGUGUCGGACACCAGGGGUGUCAGUCGGGUGCGGCCGUCCCACCUGCCGCUGAGGGCGGCCAGCGCCCCGCGUAGGCUCCGCGAGACCGGGCUGCAGGCCCCCGCCGCCGGCGCGGAGAUGGCCAGCCAGACGUCCGGCGAAGACCGCAGCAACGGGCCGUGGAACAGCAGCGGCUCGAGAGCGACCCUGUACAGCAGCGACUCGGGACCGGUGCCGAACGGCAUCCGCCCUGGACCAGUGCCGAACGACAGCGACAGCGGGCCCGUUCCAAACAGCACGAGCAGUGGAAGGGUCCCGAACAGCAGCAGCAGUGGACCAGUCCCAAGCAGCAGCAACAGUGGAGUGAUUCCAAACAGCAGCAGCUCUGGCCUGUUCCAAAACACUAGCAGCACCGGAAAGACGCAGACGGCCCUGAGCGACGACCAGAUGAGCUCCUACAGCAAGCGCAACUUCGCGGCGCGGCGCGAGUUUUUCAGCGGCCGCUGGCCGCGUGGCACAGCCCACAGCCAGUCGGACAGCGCGCUGCGUCUCCCGCAGGGUGUGCGCCUGAACCCGGCGCUGCUGCUGCGCCGCGAUCUGCCGCCGCCGCCGCCGCCGCCGCCGCUGCUGACCUCAUCGCCGACGCGGCCGGCGCCGGUGGUGGGCGGGCCCGAACCGCCGGCAAUCUCAUCGCUCUCGUCGGGCGCCGGCAGCAGCACGGCCAACGGGCACCGGCUCAACGUCACGUUCCACGCGCAGUACUACGACGACGACCUGGCCAGCCCGGACGUGCAGCAGCCGCACCUGCAACUGCUGCCGGACGCGGAACCACCACCGACACCGCCGCCGCUGCGGCCGCCGGCCUACGCCUGCCUGGACGACGACGGCCGCGCCUCGCCACUCAGUAUGGAGCUGCCGAGCAGCGCGGACGAGUCGACGCCGCUGACGCCGCUGCACGUGUCGGAGAGUGGCGACAGCGAGGACGGCGAGGCGCCGCCGGCCGGCUCGCCGUGCAUCACCAGCUCGGAGGCGACGCGCUCCGACGGCAGUCGCGUGCGCCUGUUCGAGGUGGCGUGCGAGCGCGGCUACCAGACGUGCGUGUCAACGCGCGCCGGCCAUGACGGCCAGUGCACGGUCACGUGCACCAACACGGCGCUGGCCGACGGCGCGGUGGAGACGUACCGCCAAACGGUGGUCGCCGACCAGGUGCAGACGCAGAUUGUGGUCGCCGACCGGUAG